AUGACUAACAAAUGCUUUAGUGUGAAAUGUACUAAAAAUUAAUUAUUUAAUCCUCAUGAAAAUCUCCAUUUUGCUGUUCGAUUUUAGCCUAUGAAACCAUUUAAAGCUAAUAUUGAAUUUAUUGUUCUUAGAUAAACAGGUGGUAGAUGGAAGUAUUUAUAUUAAAAUAUAUAUUUAUUAGAUAUAAAAUAAUCUUAGAAGCCACUAAACCUGAUGAAGAUGAUGUAAUUAUUAUUAGUUCACCUUUAAAUAAAACUGCUAGUGUAUCCUUUUAAUUAACUAAUAAAACUAAAGGAUAUGCUAAAUUUUAUGCUGGAUUCACUCCGAAUUUUCAGUUAUACCAAAAAUUGGUGAUCUUGAACCAUAUGGAAGAGAAGGAACUACUUUUGUAAUUUAAUUUAUAGAUUACUUACUAUACUCCCAUUGAAAAUGGUAAAAUUAGAAAAGGUAAAUUAGUAAUUUAAACUGAAGAUAUGUAUUGGUACUUAAUUAUCAUUAUUAUAAAAUAGGUCUUAUUUGAUUAAAGGUAUUCUUCCAAAAUAUAUACCUCCAUAAAUCAAACAAUCAAAUAUUGAUAAUCAUUUAAUGAAAUCUUAAAUUUAUUAAUCCACCAUUAUUGAUUAAUCCAAAAACUACGUUGUUGAAAAUAUUAAAAAAGCAAGAUAACUUACUCCACCUACAUCAAAAAGAUAAAUGUUUUUAGAAGCUUCAUUUCUUAAAAAAUAAAAUAUCUAUAUUUUAUAUAUAUUGAUAUAUUAUAAUAUCAUUUAAAUCAAUCUUAAUUUAUAUAAAGAAAAAUUUAAUUACUUUGCUUUCUCAAUAACUUUGGUUUCAAAGUAUAUUUUCAUUCUAUAAUUUUUCAUCAGAUUUCUUUAACUUUAUGCUCGAGACUGA